AUGUCCGAUUCAGUUGCUAAUGAUUUGAAAUCCAACAGAACCAAAAGAGCUAAAGGUAGAGGUAAAAAAAGAGCUUCUGUUAAUCAAGAUCCGACUUUAGAGAAUUCUUCAAAAGAAAAAAUAGGCCAUAGGAAUGACAUGAAAGAGAAAAUUAAACAAGAAAAGAAACCAGAAAACGAAAAAGAGAACAAAAAAUUCGAAAUAACUUUGCUGAAUCAUAAGAUUGCUGAACCACGUAAACUGUUCAUAAAUAAAUCAUGUAUUCCUCAUGAAUAUGCUCAACUAUCAGAAAAUUUGAAUUAUGACAAUUUGGUGGUUAUAACUAGGGAGCAAAAUGACGGAGAAAAAUUUUCCUUCAUUCCUCCAAUCGCAUUAGAGUCCGGUGAAAUUAUUCCUAAAAAAGAAUUCAGCAAGAUUACAACCGAUCGUAAGGAAUAG